AUGGAAUUUCAUCCAUUCCAGGAGCUCCCCAUCGAGCUUCGUCAACUCAUUUGGGAAUGCUCCCUCCACGAGCACCUCGUCAUCGAUGCACCAAGACCAGUCUGCCGCAUAAUUACGCCAGGGAACAAGUUCGGCCAUCCCAAGCAUCCACCCAAGCUGGUAACUCAUGAAUACUAUGCCCUGGGACAUGUCUGCCGUGAGUCACGCGAUGUCCUCCACCGGUCUGGUCUAAUCAAUUCCUCUCGCGGCUAUGUGCCUGCGACCGACGUGCUCUUCAUCGACGACUAUGAUGCCUGGAGGGGUCUGGAGCACACCACGAUGCGUGGGAUCUACCACCUCGCCCUUUCAUCUGAGUUCUGUUACGAUUUGCUGAAAAAAUCAAAUCACUCGGCAAGGCGGUCUAUUGCUUGGAAUAGCCACUUCUUGCUCCAACAGGCACCCUUCUUCCUUGACGUGCUGAUGGCAUGCCCCGAGCUCAAGAGCACCUCUGUAAUUUUCCCAUCCCUCGAAGAGGACAUGCCAUUUUUCGCCGACCACUUUCCCCCGCUUGCUAAUCGCCCGUCUUUCCUAAAGGCAGUGCCUUACUCGGAGACAAAGAACAUACGAAUCCGAGGGCCCUACACCUACGGGUCGUGGUUGCGGGGAGGAGCAAAUACGAAACGAAAAUACCUUGGGUCGUUCAUCAAAGACGUCAACGAAGUAUGGCGACAAACAUUGAAUUGUAACCAGGGCAAUAAUGAUCCUCGCCGAAGCAUCAAGGUGCAGGCUGGAGUCCUCCAGUGCCUAGAAGAGCCGUUCAAGGUCCCGGAGUGA